AUGUCUGCAGCAGCAUCGGGACCUUCGCAAGUCAUUGUUCGCAGCCACUCCAUAUCACACCCAAAUUCGUCAUAUCGACCUUCUACAGAACCCCCUCACAGAACACGAAGCACGGCUACUAGACCUUCACGGUCCUCUUUUUCUCAUAACAGAUCCAACUCCAGGCCACUCUCCUACGAUCGGCCCCCCACUUCCAAUCCAGUUAGCCCUGUCAGCGUUGCACGCCCAUCUACAUCUCGCAGAAGCUCUUCCAGAGAUCGCUCGAUAGACGCUACGCAGCAAUAUCGGGCUGAGACUUCACGGUCCCAUCGCCGAGUCCCCUCUAGACCUACGCGCGGUCGGGAGUGCGUCGACAUGGCGAGCCCUAUAACCCCUGUGAAUGCUAUAAAUCCCGCAAUUGCUCCUGCGGUGGUUGAUAGCCAGUCUUACGCAAACGGGACACAACAACGCGCUACUAGUGGUGCCUCGCAGACGGUGCCGCAGUCAAAGCGACGUACUACUAUCACUACCUCAAGUGGACAAUGGGCACUUGGGAAGACCAUCGGCGCUGGGAGUAUGGGCAAGGUAAAACUUGCGAAAAAUCUUGAGACGGGUGAACAGGUGGCUGUGAAGAUUGUACCUCGGCAUUCGAGCGAAGAACAUCGUGGUAACCGCGACGCAGAAAGAGCAGACCGCUCCAAAGAGAUACGGACCGCAAGAGAGUCAGCAAUUGUCACCCUCCUAAACCACCCUUAUAUAUGUGGAAUGCGAGAUGUCGUGCGGACAAACUACCAUUGGUAUAUGUUGUUUGAGUACGUGAACGGAGGACAGAUGCUUGACUAUAUUAUUUCCCAUGGAAAGUUGAAAGAAAAGCAAGCCCGGAAGUUUGCAAGACAAAUCGCAAGUGCGCUUGACUACUGUCACAGAAACAGUAUUGUCCAUCGAGAUCUCAAAAUUGAAAACAUUUUGAUUAGCAAGACUGGGGACAUUAAAAUAAUUGAUUUUGGGCUUAGCAACCUCUACUCUCCUAAAAGCCAGCUAAAAACUUUCUGUGGCAGCUUGUAUUUUGCAGCACCCGAACUGCUACAAGCACGGCAGUAUGUCGGCCCGGAGGUGGAUGUUUGGAGUUUCGGCAUUGUCCUUUAUGUCUUGGUCUGUGGGAAGGUUCCUUUUGAUGAUCAAAGUAUGCCUCAGCUCCAUGCAAAAAUCAAAAAGGGGGUUGUGGAAUAUCCCCAGGGGCUUUCUUCAGACUGUCGACACAUAAUAUCACGAAUGCUAGUUACCGACCCGAAACAACGGGCUAGUUUGAAUGAGAUUAUUAACCACCCGUGGAUGACAAAAGGCUUUAGUGGCCCUCCUGACAAUUAUAUGCCGCAUCGUGAACCUCUCCAGCUUCCACUCGACCCUGAGGUUAUUCAAAAAAUGACUGGAUUUGAUUUCGGCCCUUCUGAAUUUAUCACCGCUCAGUUGACCAAGGUUCUCGAAUCUGAAGAUUACCAGAAUGCUGUGAGAUUAAGCCAAAGAGAACAUGCUGCUCCUAACCCGUCAAAUGAGAAAAAGAGAGGGGUUUUCGACUUUUAUAAACGUCGUAACUCUGCAAGUAAAGACACACUUUCUAGCCCAUCUGUUGAGGCCGUGCAGCCAAUUGGUGACGUUCUCACUGGCUACAAUCCUCUGAUCUCUGUCUAUAACCUUGUGCGGGAGAAACGAGACAGAGAGACACCCGAGGAACGCCCGGCCGCACUGGGCGUACCUCACUUUACCCCUGCAGAGCCCGCACUGAAAAUGCCUGAAAUCCCAGCUCCAGAGGCCGCCCAUACUAAUCAACACGCUUAUGAGAUACCUGGCGAAAAGGAAGCUGGCGGAAGAACACGGCCAAGAGCACGAACCCAUGGCGAGGAUGAGGUUAGGGACAGAAUCAAGACUCUCAAUAUAGGACAGCCAGCUGAGACGGGACACCCUUCCAUUGUCACCACACCUGUUGAGCACAUAAAGAAAGAAAGUGCCGCCGUUGGCUUAUUAAGACGAUUUAGCACCAGAAGAACACGGGAUAAGCCACGAGAUGCCGAACGUGAAAAGGGUGCGACCGCCCAGGGGCCCACCUUGAAUGUCCAGCCUCCAGAGGACCUUACUGCUCCUCGAAAGAGUUUCAAUGUAAGAAGGGCGAGGCACGAAAAUGCCUCACCCGGAACGCUUCAAUCUGGAGGAAGUCAGCCACAACAAGAACUUCUGCGUGCUCCCCGGUCCGGAGAAGUCACCCCGAGAAUGAAAAAUGUUCUGGGAAGGUCAGCUAGUGUCAAUUCUGGUGAAAAUCGAGUCCGCAGGAAUGGGAGAAGAGCCUUUGUCGAUGGUGCUGGUUCUCAGACCAUGCAAGACCCACCUUUGACAAGUGGAUCUGAUCGCUCUAGCUUGAGCGUCUCAAAGUCGCGCCCGCAGCAGAGCGAUCAGUCAGGCCAGGAUUCGAGACCUAGCACACGCGUGCAGACUCUGAGGGCAAAAUCACUCGGCCAUGCCAGACGGGAAAGUAUCCAAGCUCGGCGAGCACGCCGAGAAGAAACUCGGGAAGCAAAUGUACCUGAGGAGACCGAUGCUGACCUGAGUGGUGCCGGAACUGCACUUGAGAAUAUGAAUACGGGAGAAGACUUCUCAAAGCCUGUUUUCCUUAAAGGCCUGUUCAGCGUUUCUACAACUAGUAGUAAACCUCUACCUUUCAUCCGCGCAGAUAUAAUGAGAGUUCUGAAACAGCUUGGGGUUGAAUUCACGGAAAUUAAGGGUGGAUUUAGCUGUCGUCACGCCCCAAGCAUCGACCUUAACCGUGUCAUGGAUGUACGACCGCACAGCCCAGAUCGGGAAGGCAAAGUAGGUGGUCACCGCCGGCGAAUCAGCUUCGGUGGACUGCGUGGCUACGACAAGGAUGAGAACCGGGAGGAGCCUAGAAACACACAUACUUCGAGAACCCAACGGCGCCAACACGGAACCCCCGAUCGAAGUUUUAUCACUAACUCUGAUGGUUCUGACGAGUAUAUGUCCGCUCGCGAUAAUGGCGGUGGUGAGCGCGUUGUUGGCGAAACGACCACGAGAGUCCAAAGCGAUACCGGUGGCAACCUCGUUCUCAAGUUCGAGAUAUUGAUUGUCAAAGUACCCCUCUUCUCCCUGCAUGGCAUACAGUUCAAGAAGGUGGCAGGGGGCAUGUGGCAAUAUCGAGAAAUGGCGAAAAAGAUUCUCGAUGCUCUGCGACUAUAG